AACCUUGUUACAGACAACACUCUAAUUUUCUCCGUCCUUCCAACGAGCUCUCUAACCGUUCCUUAGAGUUCAGUUAAAAAUCUCCAAAACAAUAUUAUAUAAUGGUUAUCAGUUUUUCUGGCUUUCUCUAAACCCAGAGAAACGUUUCUUGGAUCACUCCAGAAACAGAUUUGCCCGAGCUGCCAGGAUUUUACUGCAGAGAUCUACACCAACAAUUCUAUCCAAACCAAACCAAUAAUUCUAUCCAAACCAAACCAACAAUUCUAUCCAAACCAAACCAAUAAUUCUAUCCAAACCAAACCAAUAAUUCUAUCCAAACCAAACUCAAAUUGUCAAGAAUUGAAAGCUACCGUCAAGUUUUAACAGUAUCUCUAGAACCGGAAAUGUGAGGAAAUGAGGUUAAUAGACACUUCCGGUUUGAAUUGGAUCCAAUAUACGAGUAUUAACAAUGCAAUAUGAGUUUAAACUUGAGGAAUAAAUUUCACAAAUAUUUGAGCCUUCAACACUUUUUUCAAGGUUGAACACAGGAACUAUAAAGAAAAUUAACAACACCCUAGAGAAAACCAUCAAAACUUAAAGUUUAAUUUUUGCGGGAAAACCGUAAAGAAAGAUGGACGGUCGGUGCGCAGACUGCAGUGCUCGGGGAGUAUCUAACCAUGGACAUUUCUCAGGAGUUGUGUACAGAGAAAAGAAGGAUACAAGUGCAUUCUCCAAGGUGAUGAAGAUCAAGAAGCGUCUCAGCCAAAGCUUUGGGAAACUCAGUAUAAGUAAGGACGGAUCUCCUGACUCCUCUGGAACCCGUCCUUCUCCUCCAACUAAACUGGAUAAGCUCCGGUUUGCUGGGUACUCUGCAGAGUUCCUGGAUAGAGUUGAACCUAACGGAAAUAUUCCAGACAGAUGUGCUCCAGGUUGGGAAAGGUUGCAUGGAAGUGAUGAUGGUUGUACAACUGCAAAACAUUCAGUAUUUCCAAAGUCCUGCAGUAGUGCUGAGGGUCUGGUGGAUGGAGAUAUGAAAAGACAGUUAUCCGUCUCAUCAGACUCUAGAUUGCUGGACGAGGAGAUCAAGAAUGAGAUGACUCGUGUUAUUAUGCGAGUUAAGAAACCCAGACGUCCAAAGUCAGAAGUUUUCCUUGACCAGGAUGAUAGGCGAAGAUCAAAGCGGUAUUCAGCCUUUGGUGGAAACAGUCCGUUUGGAAAACUGGAAGCAUAUGUAAAGCUGGAGCAGCUCGGAGAAGGGUCCUACGCCACAGUAUUUAAAGGGUACAGUAAUCUGACGAAACAAGUUGUAGCUUUGAAGGAAAUCAGGCUUCAAGAGGAGGAGGGUACACCAUUUACAGCUAUCAGAGAAGCCAGUCUACUGAAAGAACUCAAGCACGCCAAUAUCGUCACUCUUCAUGAUAUCAUUCACACCAAGUCCUCGCUGACCUUUGUCUUCGAGUUCGUUAACACAGAUCUCUCUCAGUACCUGGAAAAGCAUCCUGGAGGAUUGAUUGGAAAGAAUGUGAAACUACUGAUGUUCCAGUUGUUAAGAGGACUAGCAUACUGUCAUUGUAGGAGAAUACUUCACAGGGACGUAAAACCACAGAAUCUGCUCAUCUCAGAAGCCGGAGAAUUGAAGUUAGCAGACUUUGGUCUAGCCAGAGCAAAAUCCGUUCCAAGUCACACUUACUCACACGAGGUCGUUACACUGUGGUAUCGUCCUCCUGACGUUCUUCUCGGACAAACAAACUACACAACAAGUCUAGAUAUCUGGGGUGCUGGCUGUAUAUUUGUGGAGAUGAUAAACGGCUAUCCCUGCUUCCCUGGGGUUAGAGAUGUUUUUGAUCAGUUGGAUAAAAUAUUCAGAGUGACUGGUACUCCUACUGAGGAAGUAUGGCCUGGAGUCUCUAGUUUACCAAACUACAAGCUUCAUAAACUCUGCUACUAUAAGAACCAGAGACUGGGUCAGGUGUGGCCUCGUCUUCAUGAAAUACCGUUUGCUGAAUCCCUUGGCAACCUCCUUCUUCAACCUAGAGCAAACAAACGAUUAGGGGCAGAACAGGCACUUAGGCACAGAUUCUUUAGUGAUUUACCGGCUAAACUACUCGAUCUAACUGAUGACCAGCACAUUUAUGCUGUUCCAGGAGUCAAGUUUCAUCAUGAAGAGCAGAGAUACUCCGUCCUAAAAGCAGCAGCAGCAGAGCUCAGAAGUCGUCACCGGUAAUAGUAUUCUUAUGACAACCAGGGUAUUUGCAGCUCAAGAGUCAAGACA